AUGCGGUGCCGGAGAGAGGAGGAAGAGAGAGCGGAGGGGGAGGAAGAAGAAGACAGCUUCCUCUUGCUGGAGCAGUCGGUGACGCUGGGCGGCUCGGGCGAAGUGGACCAGUUGGUGGCCCAGAUCGGCAAGGCGCUGCAGCUGGACGCGUCCCAGGACAGAUCGGCCUCCCAGUGCGCACCGCCCGGGCCGCCGCUGCAGCCCCCGCGACCCCUGCCCGCGGUGCCGGCGGACAAGGCCCGGCCCCGGGCCCAGCCUGUGUUUCUGUCACCUGUGCUGCCCUCGUCGACCGAAGCCGCCAGUCCGAGCUCCCUGCGCUGCACCCUCGGGGAACUCCGCCGCGUACGGGUCCGGGCUGCUCCCUACUGCGUGGCGGAGCUCACCGCCGACUCCGGCGCGCUGCCUGGGCCGUACCGCCGAGGAUGGCUCCGGGGCGCUGCCCCUUCCCGCCGCCUGCAUCAGCGACGCUGGCCCCAGGCUGGGGCAGGCGCCAGCGACGCUGAUCUCCUGCAACAGCUUGUGCUUUCCGGGAACCUCAUCAAAGAGGCCGUGCGAAGAAUACAGCCAGCUGUCGCCGUGGUCUUCCCUGUUGCAGCCACAGGUCCAACAGGUACCUCUGGGUCUGGAGGUGGGCUCAGCGGACCCGAUGCCUUCGCCUUGCAGCCCUCAGGCGCUUUGCACUGA